CUCCUUGUAUGAAUUGCUAUCACUCUUUUCAUUUCAUUUCCCCUAUAGAGAAAGAGAAAGAGAGAGAUAGAGAAUAAUGGUGGGGCAAUGGCAAGAAGUUGAUGAAGAGGUGGUGAUCAGAUGCUACGAUGAUCGUAGGGACAGAAUUCAAAUGGGUCGUGUGGAGAAGAGUUGUGAGAUUGGUCACGACCACCAAACUCUUCUCUUCACAGACACUUUAGGCGAUCCCAUAUGCAGAAUCCGAAAUAGUCCUUUCUUCAUUAUGCUGGUGGCAGAGGUUGGGAACAAGCUGGUAGGUUCCAUACAAGGCUCAGUAAAGCCAGUGGAGUUUCAUGAUAAGUCAGUGAGACUAGGUUAUGUUCUUGGUCUCAGAGUUGUCCCGUCCUAUCGACGCCGUGGCAUUGGUUCGAUUCUGGUGAGAAAGCUUGAGGAAUGGUUCGAGUCUCACAAUGCUGACUAUGCUUACAUGGCCACUCAAAAGGACAAUGAGGCCUCUCUCGGUCUCUUCGUCGGGAAACUUGGCUAUGUGGUCUUCCGAAACCCCGCAAUCCUGGUCAAUCCCGUCAACCCCGGCCGCGGUUUAAAAUUGCCGUCUAACAUUGGAAUAAGGAAGCUAAAGGUGAAAGAGGCCGAGUCAUUGUACCGGAGAUAUGUAGCAGCUACGACAGAAUUUUUCCCGGAAGACAUUAACAAAAUCUUGCGGAACAAGUUAAGUAUUGGGACAUGGUUGGCUUACUACAAUGAUGGCAACACCAGAAGCUGGGCGAUGCUUAGUGUUUGGGAUAGUAGCAAAGUCUUCAAACUUAGGAUCGAGAGAGCUCCUUUGAGCUAUUUGCUAUUCACUAAAGUUUCCAAUUUUUUUGGUAAAUUCUUGUCGUUAUUGGGAUUAACGGUUUUGCCUGAUCUGUUUACUCCGUUUGGGUUCUAUUUCCUUUAUGGGGUCCACUCGGAAGGUCCACUUAGUGGGAAACUAGUUAGGACUUUGUGUGAGCACGUUCAUAACAUGGCUGCAUCAGAUGACGGUUGCGCGUGUAAGGUUGUAGUGGUGGAGGUCGACAAAGGAAGUAACGGCGAUGAUUCUUUGGGAAGAUGUAUUCCGCAUUGGAAAAUGCUUUCGUGUGACGAUGAUAUGUGGUGUAUCAAGCCGUUGAAAUGUGAGAAGCAGAAGAUUGGUUUGAGUGAGAAAACAAAAUCGCGGUCUUCGCUCUUUGUGGAUCCAAGAGAUGUGUAGCUAGCUAGCUACCGAGAUUCAUAUAUCGCGUGUUUUAUCCAACUGAAUACACCUAAUAGCAAAAUAUGCGAAUCGUUUCGCUUUUUCCUUGAUUAAUGACUAGACAUGAAAGAAAUUAUGCAAUUCCGUGACUAUUUUUGGUGAAAUUAUGUUUUUUGCUUGAUGGUUUUGGUAUACUACCUUUCAUUUUUAUUGAUUAUUUUGUGCCUAAUUGUUAGACUACAUUUAAGAGAUUGUACUGCUAAAUGAUAUCUUCAAUAAAAUGCUAACACUUGU